GCCAUGUAGUGGUGACUUGGAGGUGACUGUGGAAUUCCUCAUGGAAGUGGACAAGCUUGUUCAGUUGAUCAAGAGCUCCAUCGUUACCUACUUACAUCUUCAGCUGCUGGAGGUGGAGAACAAUCCGUACCUGAUCAAGGCCCUGCACGGCCUGCUGAUGAUGCUACUGCUUCAGACCCUUGCAGCUUCUCUCUCUCACCGCCUGCGCUGUACGCCUAACCCAGAGCUCACGAGGACAGUGGAUAAGUCGAAGUACAUUGAGUCUAAGUCUGUUAGCAUCAAGCUUCCGGCAUAUGCUUACAUGGAUUACAAUGAGCAAACACCUGGAGGUGCGCCACCAGCACUCAAGCCGUUCCAAUCACAGAGACAGGGAGUUGGUGCUGUGACAUGGUGGGACAAACUUUGACCCCUGAGGCAGGGCACUGCAUCAAGCCUUCACCUACGGAUGGAGACGCAAACACCCCAACCAACAACAAAGUUAAAGGACUGAUUGAAGACUGCUCACCACUCAUAUAGGAGCACCUUUGUGCUUAUAUCGUUUUUAGCCUUUGAAAAUACUGUAGGCAUGAAGAACAUUGAGUGGAUUUUCUUUUUUAAACAAUUGUUUUUUUUACUUUGGGAUUUUGACAAGGAAGCCCUUUAUCUACUUCCCCAGAGUCAGAUGAACCCGUGGACACCAUUUAAGAAUUGUAAGCAUGCUAGCAGAUAGACUUUCAGUCAUUGCGCUAAUGCUAGUUAGCAUUGGCUCGCAAAACUA